AUGUUGUCCACCACGCUAAAAUAUGCCGUUCAAGCACCCACCAUCAACCCACUCAAUCACAAGGCGCGGUCCAUACCUGUCCUAAAUCCCUUUGACCGUUAUGGUCGAGUCUUCUUCUUCUCAUGGUUGGGAUUCAUGGUAGCGUUCCUCUCGUGGUACGCGUUCCCGCCAUUGUUAACAAUCAGCAUCCGCAAUGACUUGAAAAUGACACAAGCCGAUGUUGCCAACUCUAAUAUCGUGGCCCUUCUCGCAACAUUCCUCGUGCGCUUCAUCGCCGGCCCUCUCUGCGACCGCUUUGGGCCACGCUAUGUCUUUGCCGGCCUCCUACUCGUCGGCUCGAUACCCACCGCACUUGCCACCACCGUCACCACGCCUGCCGGGCUCAUUGCCAUCCGAUUUUUGUGGGCAUCCUCGAAUGUAGUCGGGACCGCCAACGCCCUGGCAGGUGGCUGGGGUAACGCCGGCGGCGGCAUCACCUAUUUUGUCAUGCCCGCUCUAUUCGACGCCCUCGUGCACUCCCAGGGUCUCACCCCUCGCGUGGCCUGGCGUGUGGCGUUCGUCCUACCUUUCGUCAUCGUCGUCACAACAGCCGCCGGCAUGCUCCUGUUUUGCGACGAUACCCCAACGGGCAAGUGGUCGGAGCGGCAUCUCGCCUUGGAGGCGGAGCAGCCCAUGACGCCUCCAUCUGAGACUGCUACGCUGCACCUCAGCCACGACUCGGAGAAUGAAAAGAAAGAUGUGGAAAAAACCCUCCACGUCAUCUUUUCCUUGCAGUCCCUUGCUCUCGCUGCGCCCUACGCAUGCUCGUUUGGCGGUGAGCUGGCCAUCAACUCCAUCAUCGGGUCGUAUUACUUCAAAAACUUUCCCGACCUCGGCCAAACCCUUUCCGGGCGAUGGGCCGCCAUGUUUGGUCUUUUGAACGUGCUCUUCCGGCCCGCGGGUGGAAUCGUGGGCGAUAUAAUCUACCACUAUACCGACUCGGUAUGGUGCAAGAAGCUGUGGUUGAGCUUCCUCGGCAUCGUCAUGGGUGUCUUUGAGCUUGCCAUUGGUCUAUCGGAUCCCCACGACAAGGCCACCAUGUUUGGCUUGAUUGCGGGUCUAGCUUUCUUUAUGGAUGCCUCCAACGGUGCGAGCUUUGCCGUCGUACCUCAUGUCCAUCCGUAUGCAAAUGGCGUCCUGUCGGGAAUGGUGGGCGCCACCGGAAACCUCGGCGGAGUGAUCUUUGCCGUCAUUUUCCGACAUUACGGCAAGGAGUACCACACAGCCUUAUGGAUCAUUGGCGCCGUGAGCGUGGCUAUCAACGUGGCCGUCGCGGGGGAUAUCAUGGAUGAAGAGUUUUGA